GUAACCUCGGAUUUUGGCCGGCGCUACAAGUGCGUGCUAGCGUACAGAGGGAGCUAUCGGAUGGAGGACUGGCUCCAUUUCGUAGAGACCUUCUCCGCGUACGUCUUUAAAGGUGACGUCCUGCCUGACGUACUGCGGCCUCUGUGGUGGGACCUGUGCGACGCAGUCGUGCACUACUUCCGGCCGCGCCCAGAGGACGAGACACGUGCCGAAUUCCUUGCGGCCUCCAAGGCAACCGCGUCCAAGCUUCACAACUACGCCAGGCGGCUGGAAGAGCUGCGGGUAUCAAACCGCAUGUUCACAGUCAACCUACACAUCUGUGUCUGCCGGCUUGAGCGGCAAGAGGCCGAGCUUGGCUCGACGUCUGCAAUGACCGACAUGCCCGUGGAGCGUGUCAUGCAGCAGAUGAAGAGCCAGGGCGGCCGACGGUCUCACAGGCCCCAGAGAAGCACUUCGCGAAAUGGCUGUGUCUCAUGCGCCACGCCAACUCACUUGCUGUACCAGCCGCUGACGCCAACGGUGAAGCCCCCACUGCUCGACAACAGCUUGCAGAGCUGGUGGGACGGCGUUCUAAACCACUGGACGACGCCCGCUUUGAUACCAUGGGCGGAGAUGGCUACCUUAUCGGCAUUGGUGCGGCGGUGCAUAAGGAUGACUCCCGGGUCAAGCAGGUGGAGACUGCUGUAGGAAGCAUGGUCAAGUGGUACGCGACUACUCUCCCGGACGUCGGUUCGUGGUCUGCUGGGGCAGCUCGGGGUUACGGCAUAAACGCGGACCUGCUUGGCGGCGUCCUCAAUGCCGAGCCAACGGGGGCCCCAAAAGCAAGACACUUUUCGCGGGCCGAGGCGCCGGAUGAAGAGAUGUACCACGGGUCGGAAUACAACCGACAACGGCGCCGGGUCACUUGCUGGGCGGCGUACAAGGCCGAGGUGACAGAAGGUACAGGCGCGGCCGAGCGUACUGUCGCACGUACAUAUGUGGCCCACCUCAAGUACUUCGUACACCUACCAGGUCACGAGACAGCAAAGGAGUUGCGGUUUGCGGUUGCUGAUGUGUACUCGGCCAAGGAGUUUAGCGGUGGCCUCGUCGUGGUUGACAUGGAUGCGGCCGCGACAGCAGGGCGUGGGAGCACUUGGGAGAUGUGGCGUGACUUCGGCAUUCCGCUGAGCGAGCUCAAG